GCGGAUGUCAUCACAUUUGCCGCUGCCAUCAGCGCCUGCGAGAAGGCCUCCGAAUGGCCGUGGGCGCUAGAACUUUUCCGGUGCCUGCGCUCCGGGAUGCUGCGCCCGAAUGUCGUGGCUCACAACGCGGCCAUCGCAGCCUGCCAGCAAGCGGGGCGCUGGCAGGACUCGCUGCUGCUGUUCCAGCAGUUGCGGGAGCAGCAGUUGGAAGGAAGCGUAAUCACCCUGGCUGCAGCCGCGGCUGCCUCCACUCUAG